CCAACCCAACCCAACCCGACGAUUCAGGGUUUAGUGGGAAGCAAAGCAUCUGCUUCCUCCCCCUUUCAUCAUCUUCUUCAAGGAAUUUGUUCCAUGUUCAGCAGUCAUUGGUUGGUGAAAUCAUAUAAACUGGAGGCACACUCACUUUCGAGCAGUUCACAGAGAAAAGGGCAUGCAAGUUUCUUGGUUGGGUCAUCUGUUAGCCGGAUUUUGAUGAGAUAGCUCCUAUCUUCUGUGUCUCGAACUACGCACUUGUUCUGGCUCUUAUGGGAACCUACCACCACUGUAAUUCUGGUCCUUGUGUUUUUGACCUCUUAAUAAAAGUUUACAUUCAGAAAGGAAUGCUGAAGGAUGCAGUGAAGACUUUUCGACAGAUGGGUUCUCGAGGAUUCAAGGCCUCUAUAUAUUCUUGCAAUACCAUUCUUUCCUCAAUUUCAAGGAAGCAGCGAAAAUCCUCAGCUUUGUUGUUCUUCAAAGAAAUUCUGAUGAUGGGGAUUAGUCCAAAUGUACGCACUUUCAAUAUACUUUUGAAUGCACUUUGUUCAGAGGGAAAGCUCGAGAAAGCUGGAUACCUAUUGUCUAAGAUGGAAGAAGUUGGAUGCUCGCCUACAGUUGUUACUUAUAAUACAUUUCUCAACUGGUACUACAAGAGAGGAUGGUAUAAGGCAGCUCUUAAGCUGUUGAAUUGCAUGGAGAGUAAAAACAUUAAAGCAGAUGUAUUCACGUACAAUAUAAUCAUUGAUGUUUUAUGCAAAAGAAAUAGGAGUGCUAAAGCUUAUAUGUUGUUGAAAAGAAUGAAGGAAGCUGGUAUUUCUCCAAAUGAGAGAACAUACAAUUCCCUCAUUAAUGGUUUCUGCAAAGAAGGUAAGAUUACUAUCGCCGCUCGCAUUUUUGGUGACAUGUCAAAGCAUCACCUUGUAAAUUGCAUUACGUACAAUACUUUAAUUGAUGGACACUGUCGAAAUAAUAAUACUGAUGAAGCUUCAAGACUUUUAGAUGAGAUGGAGGCUAUGGGAGUAGAGCCUGAUGAGGUUACUUAUGGUACUCUACUAAAUGGUUAUUGCAAGGCAUCAAACUUGGAUGCUGCAAUGACCCUUCUUGAAAGGAUUAGGACCAAGGGUCUAGUAAUCAACUAUAUCAUGUAUACAACUCUAAUUGAUGGACUGUGCAAAGAGGGAAAGCUUCGUAAUGCUUUGAAAAUUCUUGAUACUAUGUUCGAGGUUAGGGUUAGUCCUGAUGUUAUCACAUAUUCAACAUUGAUUAAUGGUCUCUGCAAAAUGGGCAAGAUAUAUCAUACAAAGGGAAUCUUGUCAAAGAUGCACAAGACCGGAGUAACUCCCAAUAGUAAUUUAUAUUCAACACUAAUAUACCAUUACAGCAAGCAGGGUGAUAUUAUGGAUGCGAUGAAGUUGUACACUGAUAUGUAUCGUACAGGUCAAAACGCCAACGUGCUUACAUGCAAUGCUAUACUUAGUUCUUUAUGUACGAUGGGAAAGUUAACAGAAGCUGAGGAGUUCAUGCGACAUAUGAUUAGGAUGGGGCGAUAUCCAAACUCUGACAGCUUCAAUAUUGUUAUAAAUGGUUAUGCUUGUAGAGGCAAGGCACUAGGAGCAUUUUCCAUAUAUGAUGAAAUGGUUAAACAAGGUAUUCCUCCAAAUAAAUGUACAUACAGAUGUCUACUUAAAGGGCUGUGCGUCGGGGGUAGUUUGGAGGAGGCCAGAAGAUUUUUCUUUCAGAUUUUAGAUAUUCCUUUUGUUGUUGAUAUUAUGACCUAUAAUACAUUGCUCUCAGGGAUGUGUGAAUUUGGAAAUGUGGAGGAUGCUUUGAUUUUAUGUGAUAAGAUGAUGGAGGACAACAUUAUACCCGAUGCUUAUACUUACACAAUUCUAAUCAGUGGCUUCUGCCGGAAAGGCAAUAUUGUUCCUGCGAUUGUUCUUUUGGAGAAGAUGAUAGAGAAAGCAUUGUUACCUAACCAUGUUGCGUAUACUUGCUUAAUUGAUUGUUUGGUGAAGGAACAACAGUUAAAGGGUGCUUGUUUUCUGUUUGAAGAGAUGAUGAACAAAGGACUAUACACUGAUGUUGAUGCUUUCAAUGCCAUGAUUAAUGGAUACUUGAAGGCAGGGAUGAUGGAGAAGGUGAAUAAGCUAGUCAAAGUGAUGAAGAACAAAGGUUUGCAUCCAAAUCUUGCCACAUAUAACAUUCUUAUUCAAGGAUAUAUCAAACAACAACAUGCAGUGAGAUUAUUUGAUCUAUACAAGACAAUGAUACAACAAGGUGUCAUGCCUGAUAAAGUAACUUACCACUCCUUAAUUCUCGGACUUUGUGAAUGUGGUAUGAUUGAUAUUGGGGUAAAAUUUUUGGAGAAGAUGAUGUUGAAUGGUGUUGUUCCUGAUGAAUCGACUUUUAAUAUGCUCAUUAAAAAGCACUGUGAGAAAACUCAAAUGCAGAACGCCUACAACCUUAUCCAUUGUAUGAAAAGAUUACAGAUGUCACCUAGCGGCAGUACCUAUGAUGCUAUUUUAAAUGGACUGAAUAAUAAAAAUGAUUUUGAGCAAUCUUUUAAGGUUUUGUACGAAAUGAAGGAGAAGGGAUUUCAUCUCAAACCUACACAUUAUAUCACAUUGAUUAAUGGCAACUGCAGGAUAGGAAAUAUUCCAGAAGCGUUUAGAUUGAGAACAGAAAUGGAAAUUUUGGGCGUAGCACCCUAUGAAGUAGCGGAGAGUACCAUUAUCAGGGCUCUUUGUAAGUGCGGGAAGGUUGAUGAUGCAUUACUAAUUUUGACUGUCAUGCUUCGGAAACAAAUGGUGCCUACUAUUGCUACAUUUACUACUCUCAUGCAUGGGCUUCACAGGGAAGGCAAUGUUGCCUAUGUUAUGUACUUGAAAGAUUUAAUGGAACAUAGUGGGUUGAAACUAGAUGUUAUUACUUAUAAUGUCAUCAUUACAGGAUUAUGCGCUAAUCAUCGUGUUGCUGAUGCCUUCAAAUUGUAUGAAGAGAUGAAAAUGAAGGAUCUUUUGCCUAAUAUCACAACUUAUGUCGUGCUCAUUGAUGCAAUUGGCAAGGAGAAUAAACUUGUUGAGGGAGAAACACUUUUGAAAGAUAUUCAAGAGAGAGGUCUGGUAUCUCCCGGGAACAGCAACAAAAGUUUGCAUAAGGGAUUGCUAGAUGCCAUGUGUAGAUUAAAUAACUUGAGAUCUUGUCGGCAGAAAAUAAUGAAUAGCAAAAUGUAAUUAUUGCAAAUUUGUAGAGGCUUUUCCUGAGAGAGGUACAUGAUACAUCUUCUCAAAAGAUAAUUCUCAAGCUAUUGUAGAUGUUCAGCGUACAAAUUUGCACAGAAAGAUUAUGAAAUUCAAUCAAGUAGAGAUGCCCUAAUUGAUUCAGUUCUGGUAACGCAGGCUCUAGUUUUGCUCUUGCUGCUUCCUAAUCAAUUCAUGCAACUGUUGACUAUGACAUGAUAGACAUAUAUACUGUUGGAACUCAAGUUGAAUUUCUGUGUUUGUCUGUUACUGAAGAAGAAAUAUCCACAGCAUAGAAUGCAGCAGAUCCAUCAGAAACUUUUUGGGCAGAUGAGUUUAAUAUCAAGAAUGAAGCUUCUUCCUGCAUUAAUGCAAUAAUCCAACAUAUCUGGAGGAAUUUCCAGGUGUGCCCAUGCAGAAGUCUUGGCUCCUUAGAAUCUGAUAAAACCUCUAUAUAUGCUCCCCUCCACAGCAGAGGCGAUGUACACAAACUGAGACUUUUGCACAACAAAGAGCAGAGUUAAAGAGAAAAUCAUAUAGAGAACAAAAAGACAACCAGUUGACCUGGAUAACUCUUCAUAGCAACUAUACCCUGUUCUUCAGGAAGAGGUGUUGUUGACCUCCAUCUGGAGCAAAUUUAUCAGCAUUAUCUGCACCUCUACUUGCUGAAGACCACAGACCUAGUUCAGAGCAGUUAACCACUAUCAUGCUUGCAUCAGCCUCUUUGGGAACAGCUACAUACUUGGUAGCAAGAGGCGUGGGAGUGAUGUUAAAUCACGGAGCUUUGUGCAAUUGCAAAUAGUUCGAAGGUCAAAAAGAAAUUGAAGGGCCAUUCUUUUUUCAGUUGAUCUGCAGGCUGUGAUUCACCAUAGAUCAGGUAACUGAGGAGAAAAGCAAGAGAUAAGAGGGUCAUGAUUACACUCUGAUGAGGUGCCAUGGCAAGGGCCUUAUUCAACUUCUGCAUUUUCUUCUAAAGUUUUGAGCCUUGUCUUUGCAUUUACUAACAGUGUAUAUAUGAAUAUUGUAUUUGGACAUUAUUGUAUGUGGCCUUGAAGGCUAGAGCAAAUGCAUAUAUCCCUAUAUAUUGAAGGAGGUUUGAGGG